CCGUCUGCUGUUUUGCAGACUAGUUCCGGGUGAAGGAGAAUCGGUUUUGUUUUCUCUCUCUCCCUUCUCUGGUUUAAUUGUAAACUUUUGUGGGUUUAUGCCUCGGAGGAAGCAGUAAAUUUGAGCAGGGUUGGAGUGAAGGGGAGAAGAGAGCAGAGAGGGUGAAGUUGCAGCAAAUGUCUUUGACUUUCUGCCCUGUUCGUUUGCGGCUUCCGCCCCAAUCCGAGUUUUGUACCGAGCCAAGUGAAGAAGCCCCCCCACCGCGAGCAGCGGCUGUAUAACCAGGAAAUAAAGUCGCAUAUAAGUAUUUUGAUUCCCUUCCUUGUGACGGACGCAGCUUCGCCUCUUUAUUUUUGUGUUGUUGCGUGACAUUGUUGAAGAUUUAACUCUGAAAGCGGUGUGGAGGCAGUACGAAGUGAUCAGCAGCGACCCAGGUAAAAACAAUGACUGCAGAUGCUGGAAACCAGAUUCUGGAUUAGUGCUGUUGGAAAAGCACAGCAAUUCAGGCAGCGUACGAGGAGCAAUAAAAUCGAUGUUUCGGGCAAAAGCCCUUCAUCAGGAAUACAGGCAGAGUGCCUGAAGGGUGAAGAAAUCGUGCAUUGAAGCACUGGGAGCAUCCAAUAGCUUCGGUAGAAGGACCUUGGGAAGUGGCUUUUCCCCACUGUGCCUUAGUGCAGAUACAAGCUUUGGUGCCUCCCUCAGCACGUAGCCCUGGAGUAUUCAUAGAGAUGUGGUUCAAAUAGCUUCUGUCUGCUGGUUAAAUAGACUGUGUUUCUUUGCUAAUGUGAGCAUCACUGGCAAGGCCGGCCUUUCUGACCUGUCCUUAAUUAUCCUUGAACUGAGUGGAUUGCUAGACCGUUCCAGGUUUAAGGAGCUGUGGGUCAAAUCAUCUGAUGCAUACUGUGGAUGUGAGGAAGCUUUGUGAGUUGUAAGGGGAAGAAAGAGACUUUUCCUACUAUUACAAAAUGAUGGCGUGCAUUACAGUGACUGAUGUGGAAACUGGAUCAACGCCUCUUCAAAAUGGAGAUCUUCAUCAAAGCUCACGAGCACCCAAACGGACUGGAGCGGGACUUCAAGUAAAACUUUAUCCCAUCCCUGGCAAACCGGAUAACAACUCCUUAACAUUUCCACCAGAUAAAUAUGUUGCAGAAGAGAUUUGCAUUGCAGCUGCCAAAGCCUGUGGUUUCUCACCAGUGUAUUAUACCCUUUUUGCUCUGAUGAAUGAACGAGACCGGUAUUGGUAUCCUCCAAACCAUAUCUUCGAUGUUGAUGACUCUGCAGAUGUAACGAUCAUUUUUCGACUAAGAUUCUACUUUCCACAUUGGUACAGUCCUGGAAAAAAAAGAGCUUAUCGUUACGGAGUUGUCAAGGGUGCAGAGAGUCCUUUUAUUGAUGAUAACACCAUGACUUAUCUUUUUGCUCAGUGGCGUGAUGACUUCAUUAAUGGAUGGAUAAAAGUGCCAGUUACACACGAAACUCAAGAGGAAUGCCUUGGUAUGGCAGUGCUCGAUAUUAUGAGAAUGGCAAAGGAGAAAGACCAAUCUCCUUUAGACAUCUAUCACUCAACCAGUUACAAAUCGUUCUUGCCGAAAAAUAUUCGUCUACAGAUCCAAAAUUACCACUUUGUCACAAGGAAACGGAUCCGAUUCAGAUUUUACCAGUUCAUCCGGCAAUUCAGCCAGUGUAAUGCAAGUGCCCGAGAUUUGAAGUUGAAAUAUUUGAUUAACAUGGAAUCUCUUCAGCCUGCUUUUUUCUCGGAGCAUUUUGAAGUGAAGGAGCCAGUACAAGGACCUGCAGGAGAAGAUGUAUUUACGAUUGUUGUAACUGGAAACGGAGGCAUUCAGUGGAUGAAGGGAAAAUAUAAAGACACUGAUUCUCAACCUGAUCAGGAGCUACAGCCUUAUUGUGAUUUCCCCGAUAUCAUCAAUGUCAGCAUCAAGCAAGCAAGCAAAGAUGGCUCCUCCGAGGGGAGAAUAGUCACCAUAAUCAAACAGGACAGCAAGACCUUGGAAGUUGAGUUUCCGUCCCUGAAAGAAGGCUUCUCAUUUGUCUCACUAAUCGAUGGAUACUAUAGGCUAACUGCAGAUGCUCACCACUACCUCUGUAAAGAAGUUGCCCCCCCUCAAUUGUUGGAAAACAUCCAGAGCAAUUGUCAUGGACCCAUCUCGAUGGACUUUGCUGUGAAUAAACUCAGGAAGGCAGGAAAUCAGAAAGGCUUUUUCAUUCUUCGAUGCAGUCCCAAGGAGUUUAAUAAGUACUUUCUCACUGUAGCUAUAGAGAAGAACAAUGUGAUUGAAUGCAGGCAUUGCCUGAUUACCAAGAAUGAGAACAAUGAAUACAAUCUGAAUGGAGCAAAGAAGAUUUUCAACAGCCUCAGAGAGUUGUUGAACUGCUACAAAAAAGAAACUGUCCGAUCUGAUGGUGUUUUGUUCCAGUUUAGCAAAUGCUGUCCACCAAAGCCCAAAGAUAAAUCUAAUCUUCUGAUCUUGAGAAGCAACAGUGCAUCUGAUGUGCCAACAUCCCCGACAUUGCAAAGGCACAAUGUCAGCCAAAUGAUUUUUCACACAAUCAGGAAAGAAGAUUUGGUUUUUGGUGAAAGCCUUGGGCAAGGAACAUUCACCAAAAUCUUCAAAGGCGUGCGCGUAGAACUGGGAGAUUAUGGUAAGGUACACAAGACAGACGUUCUACUAAAGGUCCUAGAAAAAGCACACAGAAAUUACUCAGAGUCCUUCUUCGAGGCUGCAAGUAUGAUGAGCCAACUGUCCUAUAAGCACUUGGUGUUGAAUUAUGGAAUCUGUGUGUGUGGUGAAGAGAAUAUCAUGGUUCAGGAGUAUGUGAAGUUUGGAUCGUUGGACACAUAUUUGAAGAGAAACAAAAACAAUGUGAACAUCCUGUGGAAACUGGAGGUGGCGAAACAACUGGCUUGGGCAAUGCACUUUUUAGAAGACCGAAACCUUGUCCAUGGAAACGUUUGCGCCAAGAAUGUCCUGAUGAUCAGGGAAGAGGACCGGAAAACUGGAAACCCUCCAUUUAUAAAGCUUGCUGAUCCUGGAGUCGGUAUGAUGGUUCUACCGAAAGAUGUUCUCAUUGAACGGAUUCCCUGGGUGCCGCCAGAAUGCAUCGAGGAUCCCAAGAACUUGAAUCUGGCAACAGACAAAUGGAGUUUUGGUGCCACUUUGUGGGAGAUUUGCAGUGGUGGAGAUAAACCACUGGGCCCAUUUGAUUCCACGCGGAAACUGCAGUUUUAUGAAGAUAAGCAUCAACUUCCUGCACCUAAGUGGCUAGAGCUAGCCAAUCUCAUCAAUUUCUGCAUGAAUUAUGAUCCAGACUUCAGGCCUUCAUUUCGUGUCAUAAUACGUGACCUGAACAGCCUUUUUACCCCAGAUUAUGAGUUAUUGGCUGAAAGUGACCUACUCCCAAAUAUGCGAGGUGGUGGGCUUGGCUUCCUUGGAGCUGGUACAAACCAUGAUGUUGUGCAGUUUGAGGAACGGCAUCUCAUAUUUUUGCAACAGUUGGGCAAGGGUAACUUUGGCAGUGUCGAGCUCUGCCGGUAUGAUCCACUCCAGGACAGCACAGGCGAUGUGGUGGCUGUGAAGAAGCUACAACAGAGCACCGCAGAACACCUGCGUGACUUUGAAAGAGAAAUUGAGAUCCUUAAGUCUCUUCAGCACGACAACAUUGUCAAGUACAAAGGAGUGUGCUACAGUGCUGGACGGCGAAAUUUGCGAUUAAUAAUGGAGUACCUACCUCACGGCAGCUUGCGUGACUAUUUACAGAAGAAUAAAGAGCGGAUUGAUCACAAGAAGCUGCUGGCAUAUGCUUCUCAGAUCUGCAAGGGAAUGGAGUAUCUAGGAACCAAGCGAUAUAUACACAGAGAUCUGGCAACACGGAACAUUCUCGUAGAAAAUGAGAACAGGGUGAAAAUUGGUGAUUUUGGCUUGACCAAAGUAUUGCCACAAGACAAGGAAUAUUACAAGGUGAAAGAGCCAGGAGAAAGUCCAAUCUUUUGGUACGCACUGGAGUCUCUAAUGGAAAACAAAUUUUCAGUGGCUUCAGAUGUUUGGAGCUUUGGAGUGGUGCUAUAUGAGCUUUUCACAUACAGCGAGAAGACCAAAAGUCCACCGUCGGAAUUCAUGCGUAUGAUCGGCAGUGAUAAGCAAGGGCAGAUGAUUGUCUUCCAUUUGAUUGAGCUACUUAAAGAGGGUAGACGACUGCCAAAUCCAGAUGGCUGUUCUGACACGAUGUAUUCAACAAUGACGGAAUGCUGGAACACUGUGUCAACUCAGCGCCCAACUUUUAAGGAGCUCGCUCAGAAAGUGGACUCCAUGAAGGAUCCUAUGGGAGGAUGAGUUUGCAGAAACUUCAACCGGGAUACUCUGAAGUCCCAGCACAAUUGCUGCUUUUCCAGUCUGUAUCUGGCAAGGAUCACUUUGGACUCCUUUCUCAGCCUGUGGGAAAUGUUAGUCCUUUCGUAGUGGUGUCGCAGUUCAGCAGGACAGGCUGGUAAAUUAUUGGUGUUGUAACUACGAAAUGAUUUGCCCACUUCAGGCCUGCUGACAUGUGGGUCUAAUACUGCAGCUGUUUAUAACAGGAGUUAAAUAUGUGGUGAUGAUACUUCCGACACAGUGAUGCUUGGAGUUUAUCAUUGCUGGAGGGCCUUCAGUGGUGAAUAUUACACUUGAUGUUAUCUGUGCUACUUGCACAUCAGCUGACUAAAGAAAAAGAUUCUAAUUUUGAAUUUGCCCAUUGUACCCUAAAACUGUGCUAAUUGUAAUUUCGACAAAGAUUGCAGAAUAAUUUCACUUAUGUAGGAUCUUAUUUGGACUUGUCAUAGACUAGAUUUCAAAUAGUGGUGACAAGAAUUUGGAUAAGUCCCUUGCUAUGAUAUUUAUUAUAUAUGUAUUAGUUUGGCAAUAUUACCUACAAAAGGAAAAGAUCAAUUUCUGAAAUUGAAAAUUUUCAUGAAUCAACCAGGCUGUGGCUGUGAGUAUCGUGAUGCAUUAAAUGGUGAUGUAAGAAGCGUAUGUUACUGCAGAAUAUUGUAGAUGUUGAACUGGUGAUACGUUCAAGGAUUUGCGAGCAGUGCUUAGAUUUGGGAGUUGUAGCUUCAUAAUAUCUUGAAGAAUCCACAUUCAUGAGGGAAUAAUUGUUUGCUACAUGACCCGGAAUAUUAAACAAUGCAUAGUUUGUGGUGACACUUAAUCUGCCUUAUGAUAUCCAUUUGUUAUUCUUUGUAACAUCUGGAUCAGUUGUGAAGGAGAAAUAUGUUGAACACCAUUUGCUUAGGUUGAUUAUAUGAAGAGAAGCUCAGGGAUAUUUUGCGCUUUUUUUUUUCAAACGAAGAAAAUGAUCGAUGCAGCAUUAGUUGUUUCAUCAAAAAAUGAAUUAAUUUACAUCCAUGAAUUCAGUAGGCACUCAUGCCAAAAUACCUUUUUAAUUCUGCCACCUCCACCACCUCAUGGGCACAGAGGGGUGAAUAACAAAUACCAGUCUUGUUCAGUAUUAUGCCCAUCCCAAGGACGUUUUUCCAGAAAUCAUGCAAACAUAGUCUUUACCCCGCAAUAGAAAAUCAUUCUUCAGCUAUACAAGCAAGCACAACCAAAACGUAGAAAUAAAGUGACCAAGAUUUUAUUUUCCUUCUUUAUUAAUUUAAUUUUCUACAGACUCUUAAGUUUACUUCCAUCCUUACAAUACCAGUUUGAACUCAAAACUCUGAACAGGGAAGGCCAUAUCCUAAAGGUAUUCUCCCUAUGCUAUUGACUUAGAUUCGCAGGUAAUGUUCAGAGGACAUGACAGAAGGUGGAAUUUGAAUGUCGUGAAAAAUCCAGAAUUAAGAGUCUAACAAUGACCAUGAAAUUGUUGUUAAAAACUCAGCUGGUUCAUGAUUAUCCUUUAUGGAAGGAAACUGUGGUCCUUACUUGGUCUGGCCUACAUGUGACUCCAAAUCCACAGCAAUGUGAUUGGCUGUUAACUGCCUCUAGGCAAUUCAGCAUGGGCAAUUAAAUUCUGGCCUGGCCAGAGACCUCUACAUCUAACAAAAUAAACAGAAGUUAUUAAUGAUGCAGGGUUUGUAAAGCAGCAGCUGAAAUUGUUCACCUGGGAAUGCAGUAAUUUCUGUGAAUGAGCCACACAACACAGGUACACUACUUGCUGCAAACCCACAUUAAAAAUGUCCAUUUGUGAACAAGGAGAGUUAUCCAACCGACAAGAAUAAAUGUAAAUUACAUGUUUUUGUGUUCAUUCCUCCAUUUUUGUUACAAUGAACAGACUGCAUCACUUCAUUCAGCCCUUCAUACAACACUCGUCCACCACAUGUGAACCACGUAAAGUAUUGUAGCAGAAUUGGUCUGGUAUUGGUUGACUGUAGAGAGGGGAAUAGUCAAAUAGAAGUGUAGAGUAUAGCACUCUAAUGUCAGCGCUAUGUAUUACCUCGGGCUAUUUACCUUUGUGUCCCGUUCUGUGUGAUAUUCCAGCUUUUGGAUAUGAAUUUUGGAAAAGCCAUUUCCAGGAUGGAGGCUUGUGAUCAACAGGUAGUAAUCACUGUACUGUCUUUACCAGUAUCCCUCUGUUUGCAGCAAAAUUACUCAGGACCAUGUUCCAUUAAGCAGUGCAUACCACUACGGGAGCUAUUAUCAAGUGUUUUAGCUUUGAUUCAUGUUGUGCUCAUUGAGUUUUCUUGCAAUGCUCACUGAACAGUGAGCAGUCCAGGAGUAUUCUCAUUGGAAUAUGUCAUCAGGGACAUUUUGAGGCAAUGAGUGCAGAAUACCAGACUAGAAAUGUGUUCAUGCUAUAAAGCAUAUUGGCUUAAGUACAAACUCUGCAUUGCAUUGAUGCCAAACAACUGAAUAAACCAACAGUGUGUGUUAUCACUCCUCAGGGUUUGCAAGUCAUUCAUGAAGCACAUGAGAAAGCCAGAAGAUACUUACUUUCUUUAGGGCUGGGCUAAUUAAAAUGGAAAAACUUCUAUUCACGUUCUCUCUGACACGUACAUCCUCAGAAACCACUUUCCUCCUUGCAUCUUCCUUAGUGCACACUUUUUUGGAAUUUUAUCUUUCCAUGAAUUCCUGAAAACAAAUAGCAAACUAAUCAACAAAGGACUGUGUACUUUAAUUUGUCUGCAAAGUUUUGACAACUUUUCAAUCUAACUUUUUUCAGCUGUUACCCAAAUAAAGAAAAAAUAUUGUUCGGUGUGAAUGAGAAAUGUAAACAGCAAGUGAGCACUUUCAUAAUUGGUGCAACCACUAAAGCCAUUGUGUGACAUUAUUUACUUAAAAAAAUAAUUCAUGGAUGAAUGUGAAUGUCAUUGGUAGGGUCAACGUUUGUUAAUUUCUCAAAGACCGUUAGAGUGUAGUUAAAUCUCCACCGUCUGCUCAGAGUAAAUAAUGAGUGUAUUGAAAGUGCUGUUCUCUACUGAGCUAUUGUGUUGCUAUAUAGUUAGUAAGGAGCUUGCUGGCUAUUUCAUACCUGAAAAGUGUGCCAUUUUGGAAUGGUUCCCAGCUACUUUGGAACUGAAAUCAGAUCUUCAUGUUUCCAAUUCUUUAUAUAAAUGGUAGCUUUAGCAUUGCACAGUCUGCAUUUAUACAGCACCUUUACUAGCAUGCAAAGUUCCAGAAUUUGCAAAUAUUUUCAAAUAAAAGAAUUGUCUGCAUGUUUUGGACAUGAGAUCAAAGCAGUGUGUUUGAUAGAACAUAGAAAAGUACGGCACAGAACAUGGCCCUUUGGCCCACAAUGUUUUGCCGAGGAUUAAUCCUAAUGUAAAAUAAAAUUACUUAAUCUACGCACCCCUCAAUUCACUGCUAUCCAUGUGCUUGUCCAGCAGUCGCUUAAAUGUCCCUAAUGACUCUGCUUCCACCACCACCGCUGACAAUGCAUUCACAACUCUCUGCGUAAAGAACCUAUGUCUGACGUCCCCUCUAUACCUUUCUCCUAAUAUCUCAAGCAGCAUAUUAAAGGAUGAAAGUGAGCUGGAAAGGUUGAAAUCGGGAGUUCAAAGUCUAGAUGAUGGGCUGGUCAUCCAGACAGAUUUUUGUACUUUAGUCUUCUUUGAAUAGCCAUGGGAAGACCAUUGCCUGAUCUACAUAAUUCAGUAAAUCAAACUGUCACUCCAAAGUGUGUACUGUGCUUCUAUCAUCAUGAACCAUAUGUUGUUAAAAACUGUACUUAGCAGCAGAAAUGUACUAAUGUCAACGUAGAUCACUUAAUGCAACCAUGAAGGAUUCAAGAGUAAGGUGGAGAUCUGACAUGAGCUGAAGGAUUUCUGGUAGAUUAAUAGGAAGGGUGAGCAAUAUGUUUCAAUUCAUUUGAGGUUAUUAAUACAAUGAUCACAAAAUAAUAUUAGUCAGUAUAAAUUGACAAAUAAGCACCACUUGCAAUGAAACCUGAAAAUGACAUGAGACAGUGUCUUUAGAUGGUGCAUGAUGGUGUGAUUUCAAUCAGCACCGAUUCAAGCUUCAUUUUAAAUUAUCCCAAGCUAGCUUUUAAGCAUGAUUUAGGAUUUCCUGCCAGAUUUACAAUGUGCAAUAAUCUAAUCAUAUUAGAGUAAAAAAUGAAAGUGACAUGGGGUUAGGGACAGUGGCUCAAGUGGUUAGCACUGCUGCCUGAGGGAGCUAGCAACUUGAUGGGCUGACUGGCUUGCUUCCAUACUAUAGGGAUUCUGAAUAAAGGUAUAUCUUUUAAUUUUCAACAUAAAUGUUAACAAGUUGUGAAUUAUUGUAAGAAGAUAUUUGCUUACUUCAGAGUCAUCACAUUCUAACUACAAAUAUGUUUGUUAAAAGAAAAUGCUUGUUCUUUAAAUGACAUUGUUUCUGCAGAUUAUUAUAAGUGCUUUUUUAAAAAUUCAUUCUUGGGAUGAGGUCAGUGCUGGCUAGGCCAACAUUUAUUGCCUAUUCCUAAUUGCCCAGAGGGUAGUUAAGAGUCAACCACACUGCUGUGGGUCUGGAGUCACAUAUAGGCCAGACAGGGAAGGAUGGCAGUUUUCCUCCUAAAAGACAUUCGUGAGCCAGAUUUUUUUUUUCCCCACAAUCAACAUGGAUACACACAGUUAUCAUUACACUCUUAAUUCCAGAUUAUUUUUAUUGAAUUCAAAUUCAUCAUCAUCUGUGGUGGGACAAAUGAGAGUGAUAACUGUUUAUUUAUACUUGGUAAUAAUUUAGGCCACAGAACAUCCAUCACCACCAGACAAGUUUUAGAAUACAAAAUAUACCUGUUGCAUGGAUCAAAAUGAUUAUCCAUAUGUAAAAUGACACUAAAUUUUGGUUGUACUCCACAAAGAUCUAGAAUCCUUGUAGUGUUACCAGAAGAUGUGUACCCAUUGAUUAAGAUUGUUUGUUUUUUUUUGUAGCUUUGUAAUAGCUUUUUGUAGAUUUUCUUUGCAAUAUCCAGCAGUAAUCAUAACUACAUAGAUGCCAAUUAAUAACAAUUGUUUACAUUUUGGACAAUGACAACUAACUGAAUCUAAGAAUAGUUUGCCUUAUAACCUUGGAAUUACAGUCCUAUGUUCUUCAAAUCAAACUUUGUAAAAUUGAAACCUAAAUUUCUGAAACAAGGGCAGUGAUGACAUAGUGCUAAUGUCCAUGAUCUAGUAAUGCAGAAACUCAGCUACCAUUCUGGUGACCUGGUUUGAAUCCAUCGUGGUAAACGGUGGAAGAUUAAUUCAUUAAACCAGUUGAAUUAAAACGAAGCCAGUUUUGUAAAAUCCCAUAUGGUUCAGUCAUGCCCUUUAGGGAAAGAAAUCUGCCGAUCUUGCUUGGUCUGCCUUACAUUACCCAGAGCAUUGUGGAUGGCUCUUAACUGCUCUCUGGGAAACUAGGAAUGAGCACUAAUUUGUGGCCUAGCCAGCAAUGUCCAUAUCCGAUGAACGAUAAAAAUAUUCCUGAUACAGUCCUUCCAUUCCAACUAGUUAGACCAUGGAAUUGUACCGCGGGUUUCUCCAAAGAUUCCUAGAGGAAUGCAUCGCCAUUUAGACAACAGAUCAGCACGGUGUACUGUCAAGGGGUUAAAGCAUAAGCAUUAUUUAGCCUCAGACUAAAGGUCUGUUGUCAGAACCUAGUUUCUGAAAUCACUUGUAAAUAUAUUGUGGUUCUUGGCCAUCUUUUGACUCUUAACUGGGGGACUGGGGGGUGGGUGGUGUUCUUAGGCUUGUGUGUACUGUUCAUGUGAAAAAGCUGCCUCACUUGUUAGGCAUCUCAUUUCAGUUCAUGAGCACGUAAUAACUAGUUCUGUACUGAGGCAGUGGCUGAAUCAAAAUAUAUCUCGAUCCUCCCAGUGCUUUUCAAAGGCAUUAAAAAUCUUGUUGCAUUCAAUUCUACUGCUUAGUUUCUUAUCUUGCACAUGCAAGAAGUCUUGCCAUUACAAAAGGCCAAGUGGCCUCCUUCCUGAGUGUAAAUUUUAGAUGAUUAGCUAUUCAUAAAGGAAAGAGUCCUUAUUUUGCUUUCACUGUUAUACAUUUUUAAAAAUCAGUUAAUGUUCUUGACUUCACUAUUUUCAUAGUCUCAAAUGGACCUCUAUUGCAAUGAAUGCCUUCAAGAUUAUCUGCUUCCUUUUACAUGCCAAAUUCUUGUUUAUUCUCAGUAAUUCUAGUUAUCUCUGCAGUCCAAUUUCACACAAGCAGCAAUGUUCUCAUAGGUAGUGGAACUGUUCUUAUACUGCAAAAUUUCAUCAUCUAAAAGGUGAUUUUAUUCUCAAAUCUAAACUAUUUCCCAUUGCUAAGAUUCUAAUCUGUUUCUAUUUUCAACAAAUGAUCAAUGAUCCUCUGUAAACUUUACUUCUCCUUGAUGGUGAGUGACAAAUAUCACUGUACACAAGACAUGCUUCUUAUGUUGAAAUCACAUUGCAUUAGAGUCUCAUGGGGCUUAACUGGUUAAAUUAUAAGGAUAGUUGUAUUAGCUUGCAUUCCUUAAAUCAGAGAAAAUUGUGAGGUGAACUAAUUGAAGUGUUUAAGAUGCUGAAAGGAUUCAAUUGUGUAGUACAGAAAAGCUAUUUUCUCUGUUGCAGGAAGUGAGAUCAGGAGGAUAUAACCUUAAAAAUUAGAGCUAGGCCAUUUAGGAAUUAAAUCACAAACGUUUUUAUUCAUGCAGUUGCAUUAGAAAUCUGGAAUCCUUUCCCCAAAAGCCUAUGAAUGCUCCGUCAGUUGGAUCUUUGUGGCCAGAGGUCAACAACUAUUAAGUAAGGAAAACAGGAUUUGGAAGCAAGGCAAUCAAAUUUAGUUGAGGUAUCAAUCAGCCAUGACUAACUGAAAGUUGAUCAGGUGCGAGGGACUGAAUAUUCUAAUGCUUUUCCCAUGUUCCUAUCUCAAAAUUAGAAUUCCUUGCCCUUAGCUUUUUCAUCCUUCUGCAGUGUUUUACACCUAGCUUGGUGCUUUCUAAUAAUACUUGCUGUAUUCCUCUGAUCCGGUCUUCCCUGCAAAGACUAUUAAUCCUGAUUCUGAAUUUAAUUUAAGAAAAUAAAAGAACCAACAAGACACCGUUCCUCAUGCCUCUGGAACUGUUGGAGUUAAGACCAUAACUCUAUUGUCUGGAUGGUCAGUCUGACUCAUGCGCUGACAGUAAAAUAAAUAUCACUUGCCAAAUAACCCUGAUUGUUGGUGAGCUUUCUGCUGUUGUUCAUUUACUUAAUAAUCAGUUAUUAACUUAUAGUUUGUUUUAUUUAGGAUGUGAUACUACAAUUUAUUGCAUGAAAAUUCAUUGCUAUCUUUUUGUCUUUUAAAUAAAGUUAAAAUAAUAUUUUCUAUUCAUUUGAAGAGAAUAAGGUAUUGUAUAUAGUCAUGUAAAUAUUAUGGAUAAUUUUACUGGUCUGCUGUACUUUAAAAGUGCAUUUAUUUCUUCAUUUUCUUGUUACAAAAGAUGUAACUGCUAUUGUGCCUUGUACUACAAAAAUGUAUAAACUGUGAUAAACAGCAGUAUGUGCAUAUAUAUUUUGUGACUUUAUAUAAGACACAUAUAUUCUGCUGCUAACCCAUUACUUUAUUGCAAAUUCAAAUAUUUUUAACAGCUUCUGAGAGCCAGGGUGCUUGUAAACUAUUGUCCAUGCAUUUUCUUUUUAAUUUACACUUUAAUCUGU